AUGUUGCAAGCCAAGUUUCGCGCCGCCAACAUGGCUGGAGCAGGAGCAUCCACAGUCCCAAAUCAUCCGGCCGCAGCCAAAUCUGCGCCUCGAACCAUGCCAAUGUUCCCCCAUGUCAACAUGCCUUUCAAUGGCGGUCAGUAUGCUGGAAACCACCACAUGGCGGCUCCGAGCCAUCUGGUCCAGCCCCCCGUUCUUCCUGCAAUGGUCAAAUGGCAGCAAACCCAUGGUGUCUCUGGGCCAAUGAUGCCGUACAUGGCACUUCCAUCGAAUUUCAAAGGACUUCCCGUCCAGAAAGGCAAAAAGCCCGCCAAAAAGAUUGGAGGAAAUGGUUCUCAAUCUUCCUCCUCGCCCAUGACGCCGCCAACUCCCACGCCCAUUGGAAAGAAGGCCCGCCAAGCCAUCUCAGUGAAGCCCGCCGGAGUGACCAAGGCUGAUCGAUAUGAUAAACGGAAGCCAGCGGGUGCCAAGAAUAUCCCUACUGCCCCAAAGACUACAGUUGCCCCGGCCGCAGCUGCCACCCCACCACAAACCCCAAACGGCCCAACUACUUGGAAGCGCCCAGCAAAGGGCCCCAAGACACCCCCAGCUGCAAUGCUCCUAUCUGUCUCGGGCUGCGAGGAUUGGCAGCUUGACAUGGCUCGCGAUCUGGGUCUUCAGGACAUCGCCGGCCCAUUUGAAAUCGGCGACGCUAUCUACGUAAUCCGAUCCAAGAGUUGCGAGGCAGCCAGAAUAGCCAACCGACGAUUCGACCGAAAGGGCCGGCUCGCCUGGAUCCGUGACUCUGACAACGCCCGGCUCGAGGAGAGACCCCAGCAGCAGAGUGGCGAGCCAGUUGGUAACGCCGACGGCUCAUUUAGGGGGUUCAAGGCUUCGGAGACUACUCUCGUCACCCCACGCGCCUAG